GGGAACUGGGACAUUACCUUCCUGCUGAACCGCAAUUUCGGCUUAACUUCCAUCAACUCGGACUUCGACUUCCCAAUAGCCAUCACACCGCCCAAGGAUGAUCAACUGUACUCUGUGCCGGCGCAGAAGCUAUUUCCAGAUAUGCAGUUGCCAAAUGAACCCUUUUUCAUUCAGCUGAACUUCCAACCAAACAUUUCCUUCAAUGACUACUACUUCCUGGCUAUUCGCGAUCCGGAUACAGUCCUGCGCUUUGGUGUCGCGCUCUUGAAGAGGGACACCUAUCGACUCAGCUUGCGCUAUCGGACACUGGAGGAUACUGAGGAGAAAGUUCUUGAAAUACCAAUCCCCAAGUCCACGACAAACUGGCGAAUCGGAAUUCUGAUCAGGGAGAACAGCAUUAACAUCUACACAUCCUGCGCAGCAACACAACCAAUUGCUUUUCACGUGGAGGAGAAUGUGCGUCUUUUAGGACAACCCCUCUUCCGAGCUGGGGCAUCUGCAUUCCUCCUGAACAGUGGCCUCAAGAAAGUGCCUGCCUACUUCCAAGUAAGCGCCCAAUAA